CCCCUCUUCCCCAGUUCCCCUUGUCCUUUGCGCAGGGGAAAAGGAGCGCCGCAGACCGAGGGACGGCGACGAGGUAUCCAAUGGCCGACCCUGACGUGAUCGAAGUGACCUUCGGCAACGACGUGAUUAACACCACCGUCACAUCCUCCGGCCAGGCUGUGGAGCGCUGGAUCGCGGAGAUCCUCGCGUUGCACCGCCCCGGCAGCAACGGCUACAGCAUCAUCGUCGGGCUUGACGUUGAGUGGCGCCCAAGCUUCGGCCCGCACCAGAACCCGGUGGCCACACUGCAGCUCUGCGUCGGACACAGCUGCCUCAUCUUCCAGCUCCUCUACGCCGACUACGUCCCCGGCGCGCUGGCGGAGUUCCUCGGCGACCGCGGGAUCCGCUUCGUCGGCGUCGGCGUGGAGGCGGACGCGGAGCGGCUCAGCGACGACCACGGUCUGGUGGUGGCCAACGCGGAGGACCUGCGGGGCCGCGCCGCGGAGCGGAUGAACCGCCCGGACCUCCGCCAGGCGGGGCUGCGUGCGCUCGUGCAAGUCGUCAUGGGCGUCAACCUCGUGAAGCCGCAGAGGGUCACCAUGAGCCGCUGGGACGCGUCCUGCCUCAGCUACGAGCAGAUCAAGUACGCCUGCAUCGACGCCUUCGUCUCUUUCGAGGUCGCCCGCAGGCUGCUUGGCGGCGCGUACUGAUCGACGCGGUGAGGUGCUGUGUUGUUUAAUCCUUACUCUAUCCUGUCUUAGUUUGUUGUACUUUGCCGUGGACUCCCGUUGCUUAAUCCUUAGCCUAUCCUAUCUUAGUUCGUUGCGCUUUGCUUCCAGACAAUUUGUGCUAGUGUGCUCAGACUUCAGAUUUGGUUGUUGCUGCAUUUCGGGCUACAAGGUUGUAGGGGUUUCUGUGAUCGAGGAGAAUUAUUCAGACAGUCAUGUACUGCGUUCCUGGUUUGUCGCUGCUUUUGGCGUACAGAGUCGCAUUGAGCAUUUGAGAUCAUGCUUGUGAUUUGGGGCUUUUGUGUCGAUCGAGGCUGGACAGCCUUAAACCUUUUGCUGAUUACUGAGUUGCCUUAAACCUUGCUGACCAGUUGUUUUUCAUUUU